AUGGCACGAACACAAACCCGCUUCCCCAUAACCAUCACCUCCUGCUCCCCUCCCCUUCUCUCCCCUCCCAUCCCCCCACCUCUCCCUCUCUCCCUCCCCCUCUCCUCCCCCUGCAGCGGCACUAGUGACGCGUCGCUGGGAACGAUGGCGAUCGCAGUGGCUGUGCUGCUCGCCUGCACGCUCUUUGUCAUGCUCACACUUGUCGCACUCUCCUUCUACGGAGCCUCACAGGUGAAGUUCGGGUGGUUGGAGCGAUAUGAGAAGCUGGUGGUGGGUGUGAUCCUGUGCGCCGUGGGCAUUCUCACUCACCUCUUUCACCACCACGACCACCCACAUGGGCACCACUCACACGGGCAUGCAGGGCAUGCGGCUUCUGUGUUUGCACCGGGGCAUACAGACAUCAUCACAGCUGGCACCAUGCUGAGCCACCACCACUGA